AUGGCUAAGGUUGCUAUUAUCAUUUAUUCUAUGUACGGCCAUGUUGCUAAGACUGCCGAAUACGAAAAGAAGGGUAUCGAAGCUGCCGGUGGUUCAGCUGACAUCUAUCAAGUACCAGAAACUUUAUCCGAAGAAGUCUUGAAGUUGAUGCAUGCUCCAGCCAAACCAGACUAUCCAAUUGCUUCUAAGGACACUUUGACGGAAUAUGAUGCUUACUUGUUCGGUGUUCCAACUAGAUUUGGUAACUUCCCAGCUCAAUGGAAGGCUUUCUGGGAUACCACUGGUGGUUUGUGGGCCAGCGGUGCCUUGCACGGUAAGGUUGCCGGUUUCUUUGUUUCUACCGGUACUGGUGGUGGUAACGAAAUGACUAUUGUCAACGCUUUGUCCACUUUAGCCCACCACGGUAUCAUUUACGUCCCAUUGGGUUACAAAAACGUUUUCGGUGAAUUGACAAACUUAGACGAAGCUCAUGGUGGUUCUCCAUGGGGUGCUGGUACCAUUGCCGGUGCAGAUGGUUCCAGAACACCAUCUGACUUGGAAUUGAAGGUUCACGAAAUCCAAGGUAAGACUUUCUACGAAACUAUCCAAAAGUUUUAG